CUCCUCCAACAAAAAACCUGUCACACCAAACCUGUCACAGAAUCUCUCCGGCCAUUAUCCCUCCAACACCAACGUCUCGUCUCGAGCAACUUCACUACCCUUUUCUACUGAUUGACCCUUUGCAAGCUGCCCUUAUGAACGGGCGUCCUUCAGUCUUCACCUCUCAGGAUUAUCUCUCAGACCACUUGUGGAAGGCUGCUAGCCCCUAGAGUGUCUUUCCAAACAACCAGCAAACCAACACUACACAUCACCUCUUCCUGAAUACCAGUCGACAUGUUCUCCCGAUUGGCUGCCUUCUCCAAACCCGCGGCCAAGGGUGCCGCCGGGUUGAGCUCCGGGCUCCGAGUUCAGACCCGAUUCCUCUCCAGCCAGGCCGCUGGCAGCAAGGGCCGCAAGAUGCCCGCCACCCAGACUCGCGCUACCAACCCCGUCAGCGACCUUGACGCCACCCUUACCAUCCGAGAUGGCCCCGUAUUCUCUGGCCGUGCUUUCGGAGCAAACUCCAACAUCUCGGGCGAGGCCGUCUUCACCACCUCCCUCGUGGGAUACCCCGAGUCCAUGACCGACCCCUCGUACCGCGGUCAGAUUCUGGUCUUCACCCAGCCCCUGAUUGGCAACUACGGCGUGCCCUCCAACCAGAGGGAUCAGUGGAACCUCCUCAAGUACUUCGAGUCUCCCCACAUUCAGUGUGCCGGUGUCGUUGUCGCCGACGUCGCCGUGCAGUACAGCCACUGGACCGCCGUCGAGAGCCUCGGCAACUGGUGCGCCCGUGAGGGUGUUCCCGCCAUCUCAGGCGUCGACACACGAGAGAUCGUCACCUACCUCCGUGAGCAGGGCUCUUCCCUCGCUAGGAUCACCAUUGGUGACGAAUACGAUGCCGACGAGGACGAGAGCUUCAUUGACCCCGGCGCCAUUAACCUGGUCAAGCGCGUUAGCACCAAGGCUCCCUUCGUGGUCGAGUCCCCCGGUGCCCGCUUCCACGUCGCCCUGAUUGACUGCGGUGUGAAGGAGAACAUCCUCCGCAGCCUCGUCAGCCGUGGCGCCUCCGUCACCGUCUUCCCCUACAACUACCCCAUCCACAAGGUUGCCAACAACUUUGACGGUGUCUUCAUUUCCAACGGCCCCGGUGACCCCACUCACUGCCAGGAGACCAUCUACAACUUGGCCCGCCUCAUGGAGACCUCCCCCGUCCCCAUCAUGGGAAUCUGUCUCGGCCACCAGCUCCUCGCCCUGGCUGUUGGUGCGCGCACCAUCAAGCUCAAGUACGGCAACCGCGCCCACAACAUCCCCGCCCUCGACUUGACUACCGGCCAGUGCCACAUCACCAGCCAGAACCACGGCUACGCCGUUGACUCGUCGACCCUGCCCAGCGACUUCAAGGAGUACUUUGUCAACCUCAAUGACGGCUCCAACGAGGGCAUGAUGCAUAAGACCCGCCCUAUCUUCUCUACUCAGUUCCACCCUGAGGCCAAGGGCGGCCCGAUGGACAGCUCCUACCUCUUCGACAAGUACCUUGAGAACGUUCAGCUUUUCAAGGACAGCGAGAAGAUCUUCAAGGAUAACCGCCCUACCCAGCUCAUGCUCGACAUCCUCAGCAGGGAGCGUGUCGGCGUCGAGCCCACCACCCUUGCCGCGGCUGCCUGAGUGUGAUGGUUAAGGCGUGUUUCAGUGGAGAUAGUUUCUUCGUUGCAAAAGAUUGGGUUUCUGGGGUGGUUUUGCAAUUUUUUUAAUGGUGUCAUGGUUUUGGUAUCUGGGCCUCUUGAGAUGUAAACGUUGGGUGGACAAUGAUGG